UGCGCCGCCGGCUACGAGCCGCUGCAGCUGGCGGGGCACAGCAACUAUUGCUUCGACAUAGACGAGUGCGCCACCAAUAGCUACUCCUGCGAGCCGGGUCAGCGCUGCGAGAAUCUCAAUGGCUCCUACACCUGCCUCUGCGAGCCAGGCUACGCUUUGGGCAUCUCAUCAUCAGCAUCAUCAUCAGCAUCAUUAUCAUUGUCAUCGCCAUCAUCCUCUGCUUCGCUCGCUUGCUUGGACAUUGACGAGUGCUCGAUGUCCAAUGGCAACUGCUCGCAUUACUGCAUCAAUCUGGCGGGCAGCUUUCAGUGCGCCUGCCCGCUGGGCUUUGGCCUGGCUGCCGAUGGGCGCCGCUGUCAGGAUGAGGACGAGUGCCUGGUGGGCAACGGGCGGUGCGCGCAGCUCUGCCUGAAUCAGCCGGGCGGCUUUGCUUGCGCCUGUGCCGAGGGCUAUCGGCUGGCGGCCGAUGGCUUUGGCUGCUUGGACAUCGAUGAGUGCACUCUGGAU